CGAACUGGCAGUCGUAGCCACGGUCGACGAGUCAUAGAGAAGAAGCUAACGAACUUUGAGAGCAAUUUCAUUUUUCCCGAGCUGAGCUAAACUGAGCUAAGCUGCGCAGCGCUGCCCACAGCAUCUAUAAUUCUGGAGUCGCAGUCGAAGUCGGAGCAGAGCAGAGCUGAGCGGAGCAGAGCAGAGCACGGUGGCUCACAUAAGAACCUAUUGCUGAGGUGUAUGUGCGGCAGUUAGGCGCUCCACUUUCUAGAGUGCAGACGGCGCAACACAGAGCGGUCCAUCGGUCCACCAAAAAAAAAUAAUCAAAUACAAAAUAACUACAAAUAUUUUGCGGUUCACAAAAAAUAUUUAACAAACUCAAAUAUUUAAAAAAAAAUUGAAAACAUUUUUGUGUGUGUCCUGCGUGCGUUGUGUCGUUCAAACAAAUUACAUAAUCAAGACAAGCCAACAAAAGAAACGAUUUUAAUUUAUUUGCUCGCGUGCAAAUAAAGCAAUCAAAGGAUUAAACACUCCAACAUUUAUAGUCGCAAGAUAUACAGCAGUAGAAGAGGAACAAGAGAAGCAAGCAAUAAAAUGCAGCUACGGUCAUUGACAACAAGAAAGAGGCGAGUCAGCAUGAUGACGACAACAACAUCGCUGGUGCUGCUGUUGGUUCUGUUGCUGGUGGAUAACGCAGCAUCGGCCCGCAAGUUGCCCAAGCGGCCGGCAAAACCGUUGAAGACAUUUCCGCGAAACAAUGCGACGCCGUCAAUUGCAGCAGCAGCCGCAGCAGUCGCAGCACCACAACCGCAACCAGAGGGAGCAGCAGGGGGAGCACAACAAGCGUUGGCAAGCGGAAGCGAGCUACCAAAACCGUUGACACCACAAGCGAGCGAACAGCAGCAGCAGCAGCAGCCGGCGGAAGCUGCUCUAGCGGAACCUGGAGCAACACCUGUCAAUGUCAAUGGCAAUGCGAAUGCGAAUGGCGGCGAGAGCAAGAGCGAUGAUCUGAGCGCAACGGCCUUACCGCCACUCAACGGCCAGAUCGAUGAGGACUGCGAGCCGGAUAUGAUUGGCUUUGAGCUUAUAACCGGGUACGUGCUAUCGGCGCCAUCGAAGCAAUUGGAGACGCUGCCUGGCACACUGAUGCUGACCGACUGCUUGGAGGCCUGCCAGGCCAAUGAAUCUUGCAGUGCGGUUAACUAUGAGACCGGCCUUUGCGUUAUGUUCCGCAGCACCGCAGACCAGUUGCCAGGUUCACUUUCGCGUUCGCAGUAUCCCGUUUUCACAAUUUACGCACAGAAAUCCUGCUUCGGUGUGCGCCCCUGCUCCAAGGCCUGGUGCAUUGAUCGUGUGCAGGGCUACCGUCUGCCUGAGCAUGCCAAGACCAGCCAGAGUGUGGCCACGCGACGCGACUGCAUCGAGUUGUGUUUGGGCGAAACGGAGUUCACCUGCCGCUCGGCCAACUUUUAUGCGCACUCUGGCCUGUGUGAACUGUCGGACAUGGAUCGCAUUACGCUGUCGGAGGAGGCCAACAUUGUGGCCUACGAUGGCGCCGAAUAUCUUGAGAAUAACUGCGCCGAGGAGCCAAGCAAACUAUGCGAAUUCAAGCGUGUCUCGGGACGCAUUCUAAAGACCGUCGACUCCGUGCACCAGAAUGUCCAAAGCAUUGACGAUUGCCGCGACCUCUGCCUCAGCGCCCCGUUCCGUUGCCACUCCUACGAUUACAAUGAAACCGGUGAGCAUGUCUGUCGCCUCUCCCACCACAGUCGCGCCACCCUCAGUGAUCUCUCCGAGCCGUAUCUGAACAUCGAAGAGGCGGCCACCUAUGAGCAGUCCGCCUGCUACAAUGUCUCCAUCGAUUGUCGUUCCGGUGAGAUGAUCACCAAAAUACGCACCUCCAAGCUCUUCGACGGCAAAGUCUAUGCCAAGGGUGCCCCCAAGUCAUGUGCUGUGAACGUGAACAAUUCGCUGGAGUUUGAUUUGCGCAUGCGUUACAACGAUCUCGAGUGCAAUGUGCGCCAGAGUGCAUACGGUCGUUAUAUGAACGAUAUCGUCAUUCAGCAUCACGAUAUGAUUGUCACCUCCUCCGAUCUGGGUCUCGCUGUCAGCUGUCAAUAUGAUUUGACCAAUAAGACGGUGGUGAAUAACGUUGAUUUGGGUGUUACCGGCGAAAUUGAAUCGACGUUGAGCGAGGAAAUCAUUGUGGACUCACCGAAUGUGAUCAUGAAGAUUACGGCACGGGAUGGCAGCGAUAUGAAGCGUAUUGCUGAGGUCGGUGAUCCGUUGGCGUUGCGGUUCGAGAUCGUUGAUGCCAAUAGCCCAUAUGAGAUCUUUGUGCGCGAACUGGUUGCCAUGGAUGGGACGGACAGUGCGGAGAUUACGCUGAUCGAUGCCAACGGCUGUCCCACGGAUCAAUACAUUAUGAGUGCCAUGCAAAAGAUGGCCAGCAAUCGCAAGGUGCUGCUCUCACAGUUCGACGCCUUCAAGUUCCCCUCCUCGGAGCUGGUGCAAUUCCGCGCCCUGGUCACGCCCUGCAUACCCCGCUGUGAACCGGUUAUCUGCGACAACGAUGAGAACGGUGAGACCAAGUCGCUACUAUCCUAUGGUCGUCGCAAGCGUUCUGUCUUCAAUGGCACCGAUGGCGUUGAGCUGGCCAUUAAGUCGGAGAAACGCCAAAAACGUGAUGUGAGUCAUCAGACGACCGAUGAGAACAUUUUGCUGGUGCAGUCGAUACAAAUCACCGAUAAGUUUGCCUUCAAUGGCGCCGAUCCGGCAAAUCCUGAGCCCCGAGAUGGUCUCGCCAAGCUGCAAUUGGAAUUGGCCAACAAAACGGACACUUGCAUAAAUGGCUAUGGCUUCAUAAUUGCCGGAGCGCUCUUUUUGCUGCUGCAGCUUACCGUGAUUGCAGUCUGGGACAACAUGCAGAAACGCGCGUUACACAAGCGAUAAGGCAGCAAUCGAAGUAGCAGAAACACGAUAAUGAUGAUGACGACAGCAAAGUGGAUGAUGACGACGACGAUAAUGCUGAUGAUGAUGAUGACGAUAAUGGUGUGGUGGAACUAUAAGGAAGAGCCCCUCCAUAGGAAACUAGCUUGAAAUUCUAUCUUUAGCAGCGCUCUUAAAAUCUAGUUAGUAGCUGUACGUAAGGGUCCUACAAACAAACAAACAAACAUAUAUGGCACAUUCAAAGUCAUUGCGCGAAACACACACAUACACUUACACGUACACACACACAGACAGACAGACACGAGUAGAGCUGGACUUCUCUGCACAUUGAAUUGAAUUAGCCAAUUGGAAAAAAUACGAAAAAAAUGUGAGGCAAUGACUGUAUCAGCCGCCCAUACUCUGUAGCUUAAUAUUUAUAUACUUAUGCUAUGCUCUCUAUAUAAGACUUAACUACUAAGACUACUCUAUACUCUAUAUACUCUCAAUAUGUCGACAUACUAUCAGCUUAAGACUUGAACAGCUCCUUAGUCGUAGUGCAAACCAUUCAAACCUCUUAACUGAGCUCGUAACUGAUAUCGAUGCUGCUAGCCUCAUUUAAGAGGUUUGACUGUCUAAAUACAUAAUAAAAAGUAAAUGAAAAAAAAAGACAACUUGAAAGACACACAUCUUAAUGUGUACGUAUACUUAAUAUUAGGAAUAAUAAACGCAAUGUAACAAUGUAACGCAAGAGACAAACUUCAGAUGCUAUAAACAGAAAAACUGAAACUGAAAAUGAAAAAUAAAAGUAAAUAAAUAAACGUAUUAGAAAUUA